ACGCCUAAAGAGUGCUGCGAGCGAGCACAUGGUCAGCCACUGCUGAAUUGACUUUGACUACAGGAAACUACAGACACUAAAAACUUGAAGAUGGGAGAAAUGGAAGACCCGGUCCAACUGAAAGACGAAGGCAACAAGCACUUCCAGGCAGGAGAGAUUGACAAAGCCAUUGAGUGCUACACAAAAGCCAUCAAAGUCUGCAAGGACAAGAAUGCACAGGCUGUCAUCUACAGAAACAGAUCGGCUUGUUUCCUAAAGAAGGAAAAUUAUACCAGUGCUGCUUCAGAUGCCUCCAAAGCCAUAGAUGUAGAUGCUGCUGACAUCAAAGCUCUGUUCAGAAGAUGCCAAGCAUUAGAGAAACUAGGGAAACUCGACAUGGCUUUUAAGGAUGUCCAGAGAUGUGCAACACUGGAACCUAAAAACAAAACCUUCCUUGAGACUCUCAGGAGACUCGGAGCUGAGAUCCAACAAAAGCUGAAGACUACAUUCUCUACAGACUCCAGAGUGCAGAAUAUGUUUGACAUCUUACUGAGUGAUGAAGCAGAUAAAGAUAAGAAAGAAAAGGCGGCUAACAACCUGAUUGUCCUGGCGCGAGAAGAUUCUGGCUCAGAGAGAAUCUUCCAGAGCAAUGGAGUGUCUCUGCUUAUGCAGCUCAUCGAGACCGGGGAUGCUGAAAUGAUCUUGGGUGCUGUCCGGACCUUGUCUGGAAUGUGUACAGGCCAUCGAGCGAGGGCCACUGCCAUCAUCCACUUGGUAGGAAUUGACAAGUUGUGCAGUAUUAUGGCUAUGGACAAUGAGGAGAUUGCACUGGCAACCUGCAACUUAUUCCAAGCCGUCUAUGACUCCCUGUCUGGGGAGGACAACAGGGUUUAUGGCAAAGAGGAGGCCAUUGUGCUUGACCCAAGCAAGGACCUGAAGACUAUUCUGCUCAAACUGCUGGAGAUGAUUGUCAGUAAGAAGGUGUCAGGACAUGGACGAGACCAGGCUCUUAACCUCCUUAGUAAAAACGUGCCAAGAAAGGACAAGAAAUAUGAGGAUCACUCCAAAUCCCUAUUUACAAUAGAUCAUGGUCUGACAAAGAUUUUGAAGGUGUGUGGACAGGUGCCCGAGUUGCCUGAUCAAUUGCCCAUGACGGAGAAUACGCAGCUUAUUGCCAGUGUUCUUCUCAACAAGCUCUAUGAUGACUUGCGAUGUGAUCCUGAGAGAGAGAACUACAGAGACAUUUGUGAUGAAUACAUCAAGAACAAAUUUGAUCCCAACGACAUGGACAAAAACAUCCAUGCCAUGAACGCUUUGUCAGGUUUGUUGCAGGGACCUUUCGAAGUGGGAAACAUACUAGUGGGUCGUCAGGGAGUAAUGGAGAUGAUGGUCGCUUUGUGUGGUUCUGAACGAGAGGUGGAUCAGCUGGUGGCCAUAGAAGCUCUCAUUCAUGCCUCCACUAAAAUGAGCAGAGCUUCCUUCAUCAUCACUAAUGGGGUGUCUUUGCUUAAGGACAUCUACAAGAAAACCAAAAAUGACAGGAUCAAGAUCAGAGCGCUUGUGGGUUUGUGUAAACUAGGCUCAGCUGGAGGUGAUGAUUAUAGCAUGAGGCAGUUCGCUGAAGGCUCCACUGAAAAACUGGCCAAGCAGUGCAGAAAAUGGCUGUGCAAUCCCACUCUUGACGUUCGUACAAGGAAAUGGGCGAUCGAGGGUUUAGCGUACCUGACCAAUGAUGCAGAUGUAAAAGACGACUUCGUUGAGGAUGAGCAAGCCAUGAGAGCCAUGUUUGAGCUUGCUAAGUCUAAAGAUAAAACCAUCCUGUAUGCCGUCGCCUGCACAUUGGUGAACUGCACGAACAGUUAUGACAAGAAAGAGAUCAUCCCUGAGUUGGUACAGUUGGCCAAAUUCUCCAAGCAGCACGUCCCUGAGCAGCACCCUAAGGACAAAAAAGAUUUCAUUCAGAGGAGAGUGAAAAGGCUCUUGAAAGCUGGAGUGACAUCAGCACUUGCGGUCAUGGUCAAAGCAGACAGUUCCAUUUUGACUGAUCAAACCAAGGAAAUGCUGGCAAGGGUGUUCCUUGCUUUGGCUGAUGAUCCAAAAGAUCGUGGAACGAUUGUUGCCCAGGGUGGAGGAAAGGCUCUGAUUCCUUUAGCCCUAGAAGGAACAGAAAAUGGAAAAAUAAAGGCCUCCCAUGCACUGGCUAAGAUUGCUGCCACUUCCAACCCUGAGAUUGCCUUCCCCUCUGAGAGGAUAUAUGAAGUUGUGCGACCACUGGUGUCCCUGCUGAACACAGAAAGAGAUGGUAUUCAGAACUACGAGUCGUUAGUGAGUCUCACUAAUUUGGCUGCACUAAACGAAAAGCUUCGAGUGAAAAUCCUGAAAGAGAAAGCCCUUCCAGAGAUUGAGAACUACAUGUUUGAGGAGCAUGAACAAAUCCGCCUGGCUGCUACAGAGUGCAUGUGCAAUCUGGUGUGUUGUAAAGAGGUUCAGCAGAGGUAUCUGGAGGAUGGAAAUGACAAGCUAAAGCUCCUCAUACUGCUUUGUGGUGAGGAUGAUGAAAAGCUACAGAUAGCAGCAGCUGGUGGACUGGCCAUGAUCACCGCAGCCGAGAAGAAGCUGGGUGUCAAGAUGACCAAAGUGACUGAGCAGUGGCUUGAGAUCCUCCAAAGGCUGUGCAUCCAUGACAAUCCUCAAAUCCAGCACCGAGGCAUUGUGAUCAUCUUCAACAUGAUGAACUCUGAUGCAGAGCUGGCUAAGAAGCUCAUGGAGACUGAGUUACUGGAGAUCCUUACCUACGUCGCCAAGAUGGAGGACAAUCCCAAGAAACAGGGGGGAAUCGAUGCAGCACGUGCAUGUCUGUCCAAAGCCAUGGAUCUUGGACUUAUCAAGCCUUUCACACAAUAAGACCGGAUGAAAUGUGGUUUCACUUGCUGUAAAUGUAUAAUUAUUAUGCUGACAGGAAGUGUUCCUCUGAGUAGAAGUGAACCAAAGCCGGUUUUAGACUGUGUUAUGAUUAUUGCAGUCUUUCAAGAUUAUUACCUGUCACACUGCACAAGAUGUUGCCAACAUUUUUGUAUGAAUUCCGUAACAGACUGCAUGAUUAUGUGCUCUUAGUGUCAAGUUUUACAAUGAAGAUCCUUUAACAAUAGACAUGUGGCUGUAGACACUACAUUAUGCUUGUAGGAAUAACCGCUUAGUGUGAUCUAUUUCCUGACAAAAAUGUAAUCACAUAAUCAGAAGCAUGCCUAAGGAAAUAAGAAUUAUUUUUUGUCCAUUAGUAUAAAUCGUUCACACUAAAUCUGCUAAUGAUGAAUACGUCUCAUUAUGGGUUUUUAGACUGAAGCUCGCAACACAAGACCAAAGUAUUAUUUUUUUUUUUACAUUAACAGAGAUUUUUGUUUUUGGCAGUAAAAACAGGGCCAAUAAUCAUACAGUGUAAAGCCGGCUUAAGUAGUGACACAACCUAAUUGUUUAUGAGCCAUUGUUAUGUUUGCAGAAUAUCUGGUUUCUUCCUUAGUUACCCAUGUAACAAAAUUGCUGUAUUGGUUUCAUAUCCCUUAUAUAAGAGUGAGAACUAUUUCUAGGGUAGGAGAUGCCACCCUGUGGCACCCGCUAGUCCAUGCACUGCCUCUGAGAUGGCUCUGCUUUCUGAGAAAGUGGAAGUAUUAUGAAGCCUCUGACAGGAACCAUUAUAUCAAUAAUAAUAGAAAUUGGAAGGUUUUUUUUCUUGUGUUUAUCGUUUUAACUACUUCAAUUUCAUUUAUUUUUUAUUUUUAGUCACUAAGAUCUAUGUAUUUUACUUAUAUGUUUAUUUUUAA